UUCCAGUUCAGUAUUAAAAUUAUUCUUAUCCAGUGUGCCCAGAACACAAUGAAAUGUUUAUUUUUUUCAAUUUUUUUCCCUAACAAGAUCAUUCCAAUGUAUUUUAGGCCUAAAAUGAAUGCUACAAAGUACAAUUUAUUAUGUCCUCGUACAUCAUGUCUGCGCCCACUGUGAUUGUUUUCGACAAAGUAACGUACAUGUACAUGUUCGUAAACCUGAAAUCAAAGCAUUAAAAACGGGCAAAUAUGACAGAAUCAAGCUCCAGCUCUGACGAAGAGGAAAAAGCUAAGCUUAAAUCUGCUGCAUGGCCAUGUUUUUCUCACAGAACCAUAUUGAAAGGGAGAAACCUUGAUACUGAACUGAAGCCAAAGAAGAAGAGUUUGAGAAUCCUGGAGGAUUUUAAAGAUCAGGGAGAUUACAGAAAUGUGGAUGCAACAGCAGAGCAGAAAGCGUUUAUUGCCAAGAAGCUAACUUCAUGGCUUGACAGUUCGAUCUCAGUUGUUGAUGGACAGACAUCACAAAGCCUGACUUCAGUAGCUAUGGUAGAUGAUUCUGAUACGUUGUUGGAUUCAGAUGACUUCCAGCUCUUCUCAACCUCCGAGCCGGGACCCCCAGUGGAGGCAGCCCAGCCUGAGAGGAGGAAACAGCGCCCUCUACAGAGCAGCAGCGACAGUGACUCUGAUGGAGAAAGAGCAAAACUGUCAUCAGCUGCCGUCUCUUAUGAUCAAAUCCUGCAGAGCAGCCAGCUGCCAGCACCUCAAGACCAACAGGUGACCUCUAACCUUUCACCUACUAACAACCAUUCAACUCUGACCUCUGCCAAAUCCUCAAUGUCAAUCCCUCGCAACCCACCAUGUGAUGUAGAGUCUAAAAAGCGGAAGAGACUUCGAGAAAGUGACGGGGAAAAAUCUGAAGUGCAGGAUCGUUGCCGUGGUGACAAGAAGAAAAAGAAGAAAAGGAAAAAGAGGACUACAGUUGGUGAUGGCAAGAAUUUGGAAACUUUGAAUAAAUCCCACUUGCCAGAGGGAAACAAAACCUGCCAAACGGGAGCACAGAGUUUUGUUAAAGAACAACCGAAAGAUUCCAUGAGCGGAAAUGGAUUACCAUCUGAUCAAUCUGAAGAGAAAAGAAAGAGGAAAAAAAAGAAGAAGAAGCUUGGAGAUGGCCCGAAGGCUCAUCAGACAUUGCACACAAGUCAUUCUGAAAUGUCCUCCAGGUGACAGUACAAGUUGUCAAGUAGUUUUCUGUGACUGAGAAACAUGGCACGUUCACUCCCGGGUCAUGUCUAGGAAGACAACAACUGUGAUUUCAUUUGCUAUUUGUAAAGAUUGGUCGAAUUUACUCAUUUUGAAAUUUUGUUUUUAUCCCACUAAACCUGCUGUCGCUUUUACAUUUCAAGCAGUGAAGAUGGGCAACACUUAAGAAGAAAAAUGAACAAUGUCCACACUCUUUAAGGUUUUUCAUCACACUUUUAAUUUCAAGGGAAAUGCUUAGCUCAAUAAAUAUAUGUACAGAAAACAAAACAACAUUUGCAUAAACAAUUUUGAUUUUUUUUUACAUUGAAUAAUAAACCAGAGGUACAUAUUGUCUUUUAUAAAAUAAGCAUAUAGAAAUCACAGGUAAUUUUCACAAAAAAAUAAGAAUCACAAUAAAUUAUACCUUUGGCAAAAUAUCAGAAGCAGUAUUUCAAUUUUGUAACAAAGCAAUUAUUUAUUCAAAUUAUACAACUUUGUGGCUAAACUUAUUAUUUGAAUUACAGAUCAGUGAAAUCAAUUUUGCAAUGAAUUCCCCCUUAGGUAGUCUUUAGAUAGGUCCAACCUCAUGAAGGUUUCGAGUAGAAGAUUUUGCUUUAUAGCAGAAUUAAUUAGGAAG